UGUGAAAUAGCUUCAAGCACAGUCACACGCAGACACGCACACACAUAUAAAACUAAAAUUGUCGACCGAUGUAUCGAAAAACACAGCUGCAACCUAUCGCCUGACGGCGACCAAUAACUCCGACAUAAACGGCGCCAUUCUAAUCCGGCUGGUAUUCGGUUUUGUGCUCGGUAACGGCGUACGCGUUCAAUUAGCAUCAAUCCAACGAUCAUCGAACGCCGGAUUGUGCCGUCGUACCGUCGUCACGUCAGCUGCAAGUGAAAACGCAUCUCGCAGCAGCCUAUGCAGCAGAUUGGCUGGUUGCAUUCCUUUCGAGGUUCAGUUUCGCAGAAGUGGAGAAAGCUUGCACAGGCGGAAAAGCGGUGUGGCACGAUCAACGACCACGGAUUCGGAACACCCGGGCUUGAGCAAUUUAUUGAGUGAAGAAGACUUGCUGUUGCUGCUAUAUAACAUUUUCGGGCACGAUCUGGUACCCGCGUGCGCAAGAAGCCGACGGCGACAGCUCCGGGUCUGACGUAGUUUCUGAUUGACCGCUGUAUCUACUGCUUGCGUGCGUCUACGCGCUGACAGGCGGGCACGGUAUCUGGAAGUGUCGCGGGCGCGCACAGCUCUACAGUGUGCGAGUGUGCUAGUUCUUACUGAUCCACGGCUGUAGAUAGAACGUGGCGAAGAAGAGCGCGGUACCUCUCCGUGUGGCCUAAGCCUCCUACCUCUGCCCUAACAGCUGUGGAGGAGGACGCAGUGGAACACGAGAUACAUGUAUAUAUAUAAAUGUAUUUAUGCUAUCGCGAUUCGUAGCAUUGAUUAGCAGUGUUCGUUAGGAAGUCGAGCAGUGCGGAUCGGGAGUAGGACAUACAUGGUCGCGAUCGGAGCAUAAGCGUUUUGUGCUGCACAACUGAGCACCGUCGUCCAUCAAACGUAGAGAGUGUGUAUAUUUGAAUUUCGAUAGGCAUAAAAGCGUAACGUGUCCGAAUAACGUCUCACCAAUGUUGGCGGUGUUGUAGUAGCCACCGGAAUAAUUAAGCUGGCUGUUAUUACCAACUAUUACCACAUCCAGCAGCAGAACCUCUAGUGUAGCGGCGACGCCACCGAGGGUGUAGUGUGUUGCAGUGAGUAGCCGCUUAUCUUGCACGGCUUUGUUCCGGUGAUAUAAAUAUCUACCGGAGGUGCGGUGUGUUUCGUACUGCCGGUGUGAAUAGAGCAGGUGUGUAGUCGUGCUGGUGAAGUGCAAACUAAUCGGAAGGCUCAGUUCUGUUCAGGUGCGCCCGGCAGCAGUGUAGUUUGAGCGACGAGCCAUUGAGCUAGCUGCCAUUCGGUGCGUGCCAGCGAUCCAGCCACUGUGUACGCGUGUGUGCAACGCAGCAAACUUCAAGAGUCAACCUUCUCUUCACCCGGGCUGGGUUCAACCAACAAACACUUGCCAAGAUGAGUAUGAGUUCGUACACCGAGAGCAGCUCGGAGGAGGAUGAUCUGUCACCGCGCGAUAAGGUGCAGCAAAACUCCAAGGGUUACGCGGAUUUCUGCGUCCGCAACAUCAAGCAGCACGCGUUCGGCCGGCACGAGAUCGAGAUCGCCGAGCAGGAGAUGCCGGGCAUCAUGGCGCUGCGCAAGCAGGCCCUGGACGACAAACCGCUCAAGGGUGCGAACAUUGUCGGCUGCACGCAUGUGAACGCGCAAACGGCCGUCCUGAUCGAGACGCUGAUCUGUCUCGGUGCGAACGUUAGAUGGGCGGCGUGCAACAUCUACUCGACGCAGAAUGAGGUGGCGGCAGCACUGGCCGAAAGUGGCGUCCCCAUCUUUGCCUGGCGCGGUGAAAUCGAGGAAGAUUUCUGGUGGUGCAUCGACAAGUGUGUACACGCGGAAAACUGGCAGCCGAACAUGAUUCUGGACGAUGGGGGCGAUGCGACGCACCUGAUGCUGAAGAAGUAUCCGGUGAUGUUCAAGAUGAUCAAGGGCAUUGUGGACGAGAGCGUAACGGGCGUCCAUCGGCUGUACCAGCUGUCGAAGACGAGCAAGCUUACCGUACCGGCCAUGAACGUGAAGGACGCGAUUACCAAGACCAAGUUUGACAGCCUGUACAGCUGCAAAGAGUCGGUUAUUGACAGCCUGAAGCGUGCCACGGACAUUAUGAUUGGCGGUAAGCAGAUUGUGCUGUGCGGGUACGGUGAGGUCGGCAAGGGCUGUGCCCAGGCACUGAAGGGGCUCGGCUGCAUCGUGUACGUGACGGAGAUCGAUCCGAUCUGUGCGCUUCAGGCGUGCAUGGACGGGUUCCGCGUGGUGAAGCUGAACGAGGUGAUCCGCACGGUCGAUGUGGUCAUUACGUGCACCGGCAACAAGAACGUGGUGACGCGCGAACAUAUGGACAAGAUGAAGAACGGUUGCAUCGUGUGCAAUAUGGGCCACUCGAACACGGAAAUCGACGUGAACAGUCUGCGCACGUCCGAGCUGCAGUGGGAAAAGAUGCGCUCCCAGGUCGAUCACAUCAUCUGGCCCGGUCCGGACGGGAAGCGCAUCAUACUGCUGGCCGAAGGGCGGUUGGUGAAUCUGUCCUGUUCGAGCAUCUCGUCCUUUGUGGCGUCCAUCUCGGCUACCACGCAGGCGUUGGCGUUGAUCGAGCUGUUCAAUGCACCGCCCGGUCGGUACAAGGCGGACGUGUACUUGCUGCCGAAGAAGAUGGACGAGUACGUCGCCAGUCUGCAUCUCCAGACGCUCGAUGCACAUCUGACGGAAUUGACCGACGAGCAGGCACGGUACAUGGGCCUCAACAAGGCCGGCCCGUUCAAGCCGAACUACUACAGGUAUUAGUAUAGCAAGCGCGCUUCGUUCCCGGUUCCGGUCGCACCGUGCCGCCGCCACACCUUAGCCGUACGUUAUUCGGCACACGUUUCGAGUUAGCAUUUGUGUGCGUAAAGUGACAGAUUUUAUUUGACGCAUCGAAAACGGAACGAUCGUAUGAUGCGAGACCGAACACCGGCAGACUAUCGGAAGAACAAACGCAUUAGAACAAAGCGAAUUUAUGAAGAGAGAGAGAGAUGGAGGGAGAGAGCGAUAGAUAUAAAGAGGAAGAGGGAGGAGUAAGAAAAAAAAAACCCAACAUCACUUUGGAACCUCGUAGGCUUUCGCGGGAGCCACCAAAAUUACUGAAGCCCCACAAAGUUAUACCAAGUUGUAAUGAUAGUACCGAUAGAGCUAUGCAGCGAAACACUUAACACUCAAUUCGAAGCAGCGAAGAGAUGCAGCGUGUUCCCCGAGCGCCAUAAAGGACUUUCUAGGACGUUGUAAAACGCUGCACUACAGACACAUACACACACACACUAGUACACUUACUAGCAUUUAGGAGAUAGAUUAGUACGAUAAAAAAAAACGAUGCAAAGGAAGCGGAAGUGGACGGAAGCCGCGCUCAAGCAGGACAAACCCGUAUCGAAACCGAUGAAGCAAACGAAUCCGCGUUUGCGGCAUGUGUGUAGUAGUAUUUGAGGUGUAGGUUGUGUGGAAGCGCGCGCGUGUGUGUGUGUUUUAAAGCACCAAGAUUCUUUACGCUGGUGUGUUUCCAUGUUAGAAAUGUUGUCCACCGUUGCUCGCAAUAUUUUAGAGAUGCAGAUAAGCUUGCAAGCUAUGCAAUCCACGGUACACGAAGUGUAAUUUUUUUUAUUUUGAAAAUUUAAUCUAUUCAUUUUAACGCAAUAAUUGUGAAGAAUAUUUUUCAUUGACCAGUGUAUAUUUCUUCUAUGUCUCAUUGGUGUAACUUUGAACAUCAAUCGCACGCGCAGACAUUUUUUAAUUGAACAGUGAAUAUAUCCUCUGUACACUAAGUUUUUCUACUGCUUGAAAAUCGAGCCGUCAAAAGUUUACUCGAACUUUUACCCGAACUCGAAGCUACAAACUUUUUUUUAAAUUCACCUCUAAAUCAGGCAUAAUCUUUUCUGAGUUUCCGCUUUGUGUACCAGAGGUUUCAGACGAAUCCCACCUAUGGGACUGUCUUCUGGUACGCAAGGGACUGAGUAUAAUUGUGAUGGGAACAACCACUCAGUAGCGUGAAUUGAAUCAGAGUGAGUUGAGUUAGAAUAGUGAGUUAAAUGCUCACUCUACAAGAGUUAAAUGUCGGCGCUGACUAACCACUGGCUCACUGCGUUUAAACUCUUUCAAAACGUUUUAACUCACGCAGUAUGUUUUAUUCCACUCCGUGAGUUAAAUCUCACGACCGGGAUUCAAAUCCCAUCUUGGUCGUUCCCUCACGGUGAGGACUGGCUAUUCAACUAUGCGAUAUCAUUAAGUCUAGUAAGCCAGAAAUGGCAGGCGUGAGCUUAAGAGGUCGUUAGGCCGAAGAAGAAGAGUUAAAUAUCGUUUCGAUGAGUUAAAACACGUGCAAAAAGCGUAUUCACUGAGUUAAAACAUAGUGAGUGAGUUAAAACGAAGUGAGUGAGUGGUUAAUCGGCACAGGGAGUUAAAUUAUAAAUGAGUUGAAAUAAUUCUUAGUGAUGAUUUAAACCAUCUCAGACAUUGCUAAGCUUUAACUCAUUCACUCAUUCUGACUCAGUUUGCACAUCACUAGAGUAUAGCCAGCUCUGGGUACAGUCAAGGUCACAGGAAGCUAGAUCAAACAGUAGGCCGUAACCUUUCGAGGUUGUAGUGCCAAAGUGGAAGGACGAAUAGGACGAAUGAGAAGAAGAAAAAGAUGAUAGAAAAAAAACAUUUCGCAGUGGAAACACACGCAAAAACACACACACACACGAACGCAUGUAGAAAAGUAAUGAAACCGGAAAUGAGGUACGCGUUCUUCCUUUGCUCUGUGUAUAAUACAUACAACACUAUAUUAAAAACGAAUUUCUUCCGCCGCUUAUAAAACACACACAGACGGAGAAUCUGCUCUGCACACACACACACUAACAUCCACACUGAGAGAAAAAAAAAUACCGGAAGAGGUAACGUCUUCUGCUGUGCAUGUUUGGUGUACGCCGCUGCCUAAAACCCACUAUCAUCGUGGCUGUGUCUGCAUGUGUGUGUGUGUUGGGUGGAAUGUUAACCCCUUGUUAUAAAAAAAAAAAUCAGAUGCGAAAAACGAAGAGUUAAAUAGAGUAAUAAUUAUUACGAAACCCCCGAGCGUACAGCAGCAAACACAUGUAAAGGGGAGCUCAUAUAUAUAGGUGGGUGCAGAGCUGCAGAAGAGAUCCUUUUUAUACUAUGUUGGGUCUUGGUUUUUUUUUCCUGUUGGAGCUUCACGCACAGCACAGCGUUUACUCUCCUCAACUAAACAUUAAUUGUCAAUUAACUAAGAAAAAAGAGAAGGAUUAUAACGAACCUCCGAGAAGGGUUCGGAGGAUAGUGACUGUUCAAAACUGUUGCUUGUGGUUUUUAACGCAUUUCCUUUUGGUGUGUCCUGUUUUGCCAUUUUGUUCCAAAUGGAAAGCACGGCCAUUUUGUGGAAUACCCAUGUUGGAGAGGAUGGACCAGAGACCAGAACACAGCCAAAAUAUGGCUGUUCUGCGUUCAGUUCAGUGCUUCUAUCAGGUUGAGGGACCCACUUGUUUCUUCUUGUGGUGCAAUAAUUGGAAUAUAAUGUUUUUAGUUUACAGACAAAGAAACACACACACACAAUGAAAGUGCGAAACACGGGGAUAAUAAAAAAAAGAAAAUUUGUAUAAUAAAAAACACACACACAGAAACAGAAGAACAUAUUUUUCCAGUAAGUGAAACAAACUGAAAUGAAGAGAGCGCGGGAGAGAGAGAGAGAGAGAAAGAGAGAGAGAGAGAGAGAGAGAGAGAGAGAGAGUAAAACAAACCGGAAGA